AAGAGGAGAGAAAAAAAGUGAAGUCGAGUUCAAGUAAGAAGAACAGCUCCAACCUGGAGAAGACCGCAACCGAGCGCUGAUGCGCCGGGGACCUCGGCUCGGCGCGGAUCAACGUGUUUGUCCGGGACCGGGGAAGGCAAGUCACCGAGUCACCACCCGAUGCGAGAUUUACGCAGUACGCAUACUCUUGACCCUCAGACUGCAAGGAUUACAGACAUACACACGCACAUAAUCCCUAACCCGAUCUCAUCACCCAGAACUGUAUAUCACUCACGCACCCCAAUCAUCCCAUCAUCCCCUCUUCAUCCAAUCCUCCGCACCCCACCGCCGGAUGAACGGGCGCCAAACUCCAAUCGACAAGGGGUCGCCCACUUCCCCAGCCAUUCCUCCGAAUCCUCAUGCGUCGCUGUCAGCUGGUCGCCAUCACGGACGACUGGAAGCGCAGUCACUCGCCGUGUCCGUCAGACAGGUCGACUCUAGGAGAUUAGGCAGGUGUACUCGUACAUCAUAGGUCGCAUUCAUAUGAAAAUCAGGCGGUGAGUGCCAAGAAAUCACAUGUGAAGGUGUCCACGUGCCUCGCCUCUAUUUUGAGAUUUGCGUGGAGUACGGAGUAAUAUGGAG